CAGUUCUGUUCGCCAUUUUGAAAGUCAGACGCUUGCAGAGACAUCAAGCAAAGCGGUCAUAUUGUGGAUACUAACCUAGUCAUCAAGAAAUGAGUCACCCUGAGGAGUGUAAGCAGGGGGAAACCUCCCCAAAAAUGAGUCUGAACAGAGUCCAGCAGAAGAGAACAGACUCACCUGAACCCAGCUGUGUGUCCAUGAAGAGUAACAAGUCAAUAGGUCAACCAAUCAACUUCAGAGAGGGCCAGACUUGUACAGUUGAAAGUGAUCAGCUGAAGGCAUGUGACUCAGUGCAUCAACGGGAAGAUUUAUCAACCAUUUUCAAGCUCCUUGAGGACAGUGCUGUGAAGUUCCUGAAAGAUGAGUUGAACAAGUUCAUGAGAAAUCUGAGUCAGGAUUCCCCAGCAAGCUUUGAGCCUCAAGAUGACAAUGAAAUGGACAGUGAAGCUGAGACCCAGAAGAUGUGUGGCAGAGAGGGGGCUCUCAAGAUCACACUGUACAUCCUGAGGACCAUGAACCGGAAGGACCUCGCAGACACACUGAAGAAGAAUGAACUCCAGGUGAUAUGUCGGCAAAAAUACAGAUCUAAAGUGAAGAAGCAAUUUGAGUGUCUCUUUGAAGGGAAAGCAAAGCAAGGAAAUCCAGUCCUGCUCAGUGACAUUUACACAGAGCUCUUCAUCACUAAAGGUGGAACUGGAGGGAUCAAUGAUGAACAUGAAGUGAGACUUAUUGAAACAGCCACCAAGAGUCCAGCAAUACAAGACACUGUGAUUCAGUGCAGUGACAUUUUUAAACCCUUACCUGGAGAAACGACACCUAUCAGAACUGUGCUGACAAGGGGGGUUGCAGGCAUCGGAAAAACAGUGUCUGUGCACAAAUUUAUUCUUGACUGGGCAGAAGGAAAAGCAAAUAAAGAUAUUGAUUUCACAUUUGCUUUUCCUUUUCGGGACCUAAAUCUGAUGAAGGGUAAAAACUACAGUCUGACAGAACUCCUUCAUCACUUUGUCCCAGAACUGAAAGGCUUGGGAUCAGCUCAACUUGAAAGCUGUAAAAUCUUGUUCAUCUUCGAUAGUCUGGAUGAGAGUCGACUUCCUUUAGAUUUCCAGAACAAUGAGAGCUGGUUUGAUGUAACAAAGUCAACAUCUUUGGAUGUGCUGUUAACCAACCUCAUUAAGGGGAAUCUGCUUCCCUCUGCUCUCAUCUGGAUAACCUCCAGACCAGCAGCAGCAGGUCAGAUCCCUCCUGAGUGUGUCCACCAGGUGACAGAGAUACGAGGGUUCAAUGAUCCUCAGAAGGAGGAGUACUUCAGGAAGAGGUUCAGUGACCAGAACCUGGUCAACAGGAUCAUCACACAUGUGAAGUCAACAAGGAGUCUCCACAUCAUGUGUCAUAUUCCUGUCUUCUGUUGGAUUUCAGCCACUGUUCUUGAGAAGCUGUUUGGUAAUGAAGGUAGUGGAGAAACCCCCAAGACUCUGACUCAGAUGUAUACACACUUCCUCAUCUUUCAGUUAAGUCUAAAGAAUGAAAAGUAUCAGAAAAAACAAGAAACAGAGAUUCGUGAGAUUUUAGAUUCAGAUACAGAAUUCCUUUUCAAAUUGGGGAAACUGGCAUUUAAAAACCUUGAGACAGGGAAUCUUAUAUUUUACGAGGAAGAUCUGAAAGAGUCUGGUAUUGAUGUCAGUGAGGCUUCGGUGUACUCUGGAAUGUGUACAGAAAUCUUCAAAGAGGAAUCUGGGUUAUACCAGAGAAAGGUUUACUGCUUUGUGCAUCUGAGUGUUCAGGAAUAUCUUGCUGCUUUGUACUCAAUGUUUUCAAAAAGAAGAAAGAAACCAAGUUUGAAACAGAUUUCAAAUCUACAAAUAACAUGGUCUGACUUUCUGAACAGUUCAGUAGAUCAGGCCUUACAGAGCAGGAAUGGACACUUGGACCUCUACCUCCGCUUCCUUCUUGGCCUUUCCAUGGAUUCCAAUCAGAGUCUGUUACAAGGGCUACUGACAGAGAAUAGAAUCAGCCCAUUUAAUUUGAAAAAAACUGUGAAAAACAUCAAGAGGAAGAUCAGGGAGAAUCUGUCUCCAGAGAGAACCAUCAAUCUCUUCCACUGUCUUAAUGAACUCAAUGAUAAUUCUUUAGUGGAGGAAGUCCAAGGUUACCUGAGCUCAGGAGAUCUUUCAGCCAAAGACCUCUCACCUGCACAGUGGUCAGCUCUGGCCUUUGUGUUACUGAUGUCAGAGAAGGAACUGGAUGUGUUUGACCUGAAGAAAUACAUUAGAUCAGAGGAAGGUCUUCUGAGGCUACUACCAGUAGUGAAGUUCUCCAGAAAAGCUCUGCUGAACCAGUGCGAACUCACAGAGGACUGUUGUGAGACUCUGACCUCAGUUCUCACCUCAAACUCCUCACAUCUGAAAAAGUUAGACCUGAGUGACAAUGACCUGCAGGAUUCAGGGGUGGAGAUACUCUCCGCUGGACUGGGGAACAAACACUGUAAACUGGACACACUGAGACUGUCUGGAUGUUGUGUCACAGAGCAAGGCUGUUCUUUUCUGGCUUCUGCUCUGUGUUCAAACCCUUGUUCAUAUCUGAGAAGGCUGGAUCUGAGCUACAACAAACUGCAAGAUUCAGGAGUGGAGAUACUCUCUAUGCUGUUGAACCAUCAACACUGUAACCUGCAGAUACUGAGACUGUCUGGCUGUGGUGUGACAGACGGAGGCUGUGAUUCUCUGGCUUCAGCUCUGGAUCUGAACCCUUGUUCACACCUGAGAGAGUUAGACCUGAGUGACAAUGACCUGCAGGAUUCAGGGGUGGAGAUACUCUCCGCUGCACUGGGGAACAAACACUGUAAACUGGAGAUAUUGAGACUCUCUGGCUGUUGGGUCACAGAGGGAGGCUGUGCUUCUCUGGCUUCAGCUCUGCAUUCGAACCCCUUUUCACACCUGAGAGAACUGGAUCUGAGCUACAAUUACCCAGGAGACUCAGGAAUGAAGCUGUUCUCUGAUCUCCUGGAGGAUCCACAGUGUAAACUGGAGACACUGCAUGUGGACCAUAGUGGACAGUGCAGAAUUAGACCAGGACCAAAGAAAUACUCUUUCCAGCUCACACUGGACCCCAACACAGCAAACAGACACCUAUAUCUGCCUUCGGGCAACAGGGAGGUGACUGGUGGAGCAGAGGAGUUGCAUCCACAUCCAGAUCACCCAGAAAGAUUUGACUGUUAUAGACAAGUUCUGUGUAAAGAAAGUCUAUCUGGUCGCUGUUAUUGGGAGGUUCAGUGGGGGGGAGAUGGGGCUGAAAUAGGAGUGACUUAUAAAGGAAUCCAGAGGAAAGGAGGCAGUGAUGACUGUCGGCUUGGAUACAAUGACAAGUCCUGGAUUUUGUGCUGUUCUCACAAGAAAUGCUUUGUGAAACACAAUAAGAAGGACACUAACAUACCUCUACCCACCCCACACAGAGUGGGAGUGUAUGUGGACUGUGUGUCCGGCACUCUGUCCUUCUACAGUGUCUCCUCUGGUAAACUGACUCUCCUGUACAGGUUCACCUCCACGUUCACUGAGUCCCUCUGUCCUGCUCUUAGGAUUUAUUUUAACUCCUCAGUCUCUCUGUGUGAGCUGGAAUAGAAACAUACAUACACCUAGCACCAGUCCAUCACAAGGCAAUCAUACACACUAAGGCCAAUUUAGAGGCACCUGUUCGCCUGAAAUAUGUCUUUGGAUUGUAGGAUGGAAACCCACACGAUCACAAAAAACUUACAAACUCUACGCUGUCUGGGCUGAAUUCAAACCCACAUCUGAACUCACAGCCCGGUGAUACCCACUGUGCUGCCCUGUGUCAAAUGGAAUAAAUCCAUUUCCUCAGAACAGUAAGACUUGUUCUUACACUAGUUUUCUGUAGUGGUGGUGUAGUGAUGCCUCUUUUGGUUUUGUUCAUGUCUGUCGUUCAGAGGUUUCUUCAGAAUAUCUUUUUAAAAAGCCUUCAUGAUUGCAUACAUCCAUGAUUCCUGUUCAGUCUGGAUAGUUAACAUGCAAUCAACCACUGCAUCCUCCUUAGUUUGCUAGAACAUCUUGGUUUCAAAGAGCUGCCACUGAAACGGUAUGAAACCAACCUGUCUGGCAGCUCCAACCAGUUAGUUUGAUGCAGUGCUCUUUCUGACUCUCUGUCUCAACUUUUUUCAUCUGGUGUGCAACAGGGCUCAGCUCCUUGCCGUUUUUGAAAUCUGUUGUUCACUUUUCCUUUCUUUUCACCAAACGAACACAGAUAUGCCGUCACACGUUUCAGCAUGUGCCUUUGACAUAUCUGCAUAUCAAACUGACAUAUCUGCCCAUUUUUCAUCAUCUUUGUAGGUGUUAUUGUAACAACCCGCAUUAUUGUGUUUAGGCAGGAAGACUUGCUUAAUGUAAAUAAUAACUUGUAAGUAGCAUGUGCAACCACUGGGGGCACUUCUGGGGAAAAUAGUGGGGUGACCGUGUGCGCCAGUCUCUAAGGAGUGAAUCUGGGAGUGUUAAGCAGGCUGGAAAGGCUGGCUUGAGGUGCAGGUCCUGGAGGAAAUGGGGCUUUUGGAUCAAGAGCAUUAUUUCUCUGUGUGCUGGUGUUUAAUAAUCUGUUUGACAUGAAUGUUCUCUCUGCAUUCUUCCUUACCCCAUCCAAACCUGUGGUGCUGCAUGCCACGGUAUUUUUAAGGAGUUCUUUGUAAGUGUUUGUUAAUUUCUCUCAUGAGAUCACUAUUUUAGAAUUUUAGCUGUUUUCUUUUCAGUAAUUGUCUUGCAGAUGUUUUGCUUGUAUAGUUGUUUUGUUUCAUUUCUGACCUUACUGUGUAGGAAAUAUUGUUUCACUGAGCAAAACCCUUUUCUGUAAGGGUUUAUUCAGUUUGAUAUUGUCCUUUAGUUUCUAUUUCUGGUGGGAUUUCCAUGUUCUUCAUAUUGGUUUCCCUUCAGCUGUUGCUGAAAUUGUCUGGAUAUGAUAAUUUGGUUCAGGUGGGUUUAGCGAUGAUGUCAGAUGUCACCACCCAGGUUUUGGCCUCUGAUCACAUCCUUUUCAUUAUCAGACAAAGAUUUUCCAGCAACUUCACCUUCUUGCUUGUAUUUUAAUCAUUUAUAUUAUAAUACAAUAUUGUCAAUAUAGUGAGUAAUAUUCACGUGUGUUCAUGUAAUAGUUACAUAGUGUAGUCAAACAAAACAUGUUUCAGGUAAGUUUUAUUAUAUUUGUUUCUGUGGAUUGCUAUGUAUGAGUUUAUGUACAAGAUAUUGAACAUAAUAUUUCAACCUAAUUGCUUCUUGUGGGUUGUGUCAAUUUACAUUGGCUGUUUUUUUCCCUAGAGGGGGCGCAGUGGGUUGGACCUCGUCCUGCUCUCCAGUGGGUC